UCGCCUAUCUCCUGGCCGCCAGUUCGCUGGCUGCUCUCCUCUGUGCUCGCUAUGUCGUUUCUGUGCUGCUGCUUCAGGUGCUGCGGGGAUGACGGCUCUGGACACAUUCCGCUGAAGGAGAUGCCGGCCGUACAGCUGGAUACUCAGCACAUGGGAACCGAUGUAGUGAUUGUUAAGAAUGGCAGAAGAAUCUGUGGCAGCGGGGCAUGUCUCGCUAACGCGCCGCUCCACCAGAACAAGAGCUACUUUGAAUUUAAAGUGCAAUCUACAGGUGUGUGGGGCAUUGGAGUCGCAACUCAAAAAGCAAAUUUAAAUCAGAUCCCAUUAGGUCGAGAUUUGCACAGCCUGGUGAUAAGGAAUGAUGGAGCCAUUUAUUACAACAAUGAGGAGAAGAACAGGCUGCCAGCAAAUGGCCUUCCACAAGAGGGCGACGUAGUGGGGAUCACGUACGAUCACGUAGAAUUAAAUGUUUACUUGAAUGGAAAGAAUAUGCAUUGUCCUGCAUCUGGUAUCAGAGGGACCGUCUAUCCUGUUGUGUAUGUGGAUGACAGUGCGAUCCUGGACUGUCAGUUCAGCGAGUUCUACCACACCCCUCCUCCUGGCUUUGAGAAGAUCUUAUUUGAGCAGCAAAUUUUCUAAGGACUGAACCCCUACAGCUUCUCCAAAGCUUUUGUCUCCUGUUCAAAGCUGCACGACGCAUACAGAAAAUGUGCUUUGUAUUUAUAUCACUUGGUGCAGACCUUUUGGCUCGUGUGUGUGUGUGUGUGUAAGUAUUCUCGGACGUCUCGCCCACCUUCAAGGACCACGGCCUGAAAAUCCCGACCUGAUAUUUUUGUGAUGUAUAAAGAGGUUUGUCACUGUAAAUAUAAUCUGUCUGCCAGUAACUUUAGUGAAUCUCUCUCCACUGGUUCAGUAUUCAGUAAGAUCACUUCUGCCACAUCCACGUUGUCCGAUACCGGUGCGGUUCUCAGAAUGGCCGUGCAGGUUUAUUUCACCGUGGCAGAUUUAACUGGAGGGAAAUGUGGCUGACUUUGCUGCUUCUCUUUUGGUCCCAGAGUGCCUUAUGACUUUGUGCUCGUGUCUGACCCAGCUUUGUGUCAUUCAUAUUACACGGGAAUUGCUCAGAUGAAUUUCGCGCACAGUUGGCCAGUUAGUGAUUUGUCUGCCAUGUUCAGCUCUGAUCUUCUUACCACAUGAGGCACACUGGGAUUCAUCCGACUCUCAGAUUUUAUUUCUACUGGUUUAUUUUGAUGGUAACACUAAUGCAAGCCUGCGUUCCUGUAGCACUAACAGAGGGAUGACUUGGAUGGCGUAUUGUGAUAAAUGGUUAAAGGGGCUGUCCGACCCCAAGCUAAAAUGAAUUAAACAGGUUGCUCACCUGCAGAGACCUUUCAGGCAGACCCCCCAUCUCCUUCACUCCCCCAUCUCCAGUCUCCCCGUGUCAACAUCUGGUUUCACAUGACUGUCUGCAAUGGUGACUUGUCCCCCUGCAUCAUGUCACUGGGACACGUGACUCCAUGAGGGACAUGUCACAACUGCAGCCAGUCAUUAGCUGCAGCAGCCACACGACCCUGUGGAACUGGAUGUUGGCACAUGGAGAGUGGUGACGGGGGAGUAAAGCAACUGGAACCCAGCAGCAGAAGCAGGGAUGUAUGAUUCCCUCUGCAGGUCCAGCCACGGUGGGGGGGAAGGUCUGUCUGAAAGGCCCCCAGGGGUUUGAAUGUAUUUAACAUAAAAAAAAGACUACUGACCAGUUCACAGGUGCUCUGUUCCACCCAUCCCUGCUGCUUCUGGACCCGCGGACAGGACCUCAAAAGUGUGUCAUCCUGUCGGCCAUCACAUGCAUUACUGCCGCCAUUCUCUGGCCUCAGUGGUGACAUGUUCCCAAGCGGCACAUGACAGUUGGUAAUACCCCUUUUAAGUUUUAUUUUCAGCCCUCUGAAUUGGUUCAGGCUGACAAUGUGGCCCCCAUCCAAAAAAGGUUGUGCACCACUGGUCUACAGAGUUUUCCGGAGGCUGAUGAUGUUUUUGUCUUGCUAAAUCCAAGCGUCCACAAUAUACAAAGUCAGCAGCGGACAGAGGCUGCCAGCUCCCGAUGUACCAGACAUAUUGCCUGCAGAGACUGCUGUACAGGUUCUGUUCACAUAGCUAUGCAGUUUCCCUGAGGCUUAAAGAGGAUGUACAACUUUACAAAUUUUUUAUUUUUUUUUUAAAUACCCCCUUCCCCACCCUGCAAGAUUUUUGUGGGAAGCUUAUUUACCUGCUCCUCAAUGCUCUGUUCCGGCUCUAUGGAUCCACUGAUGCCUUCACUGCACAUUGGUCAUAGACAGGGACAUGUGCACUGAGGAAGCCAAGUACUGGCUGCAGCAGUGAUGUGCCACUUGGGGCACAUAUCACUGGUGAGGCCUCUUAUUGGCUGCAGCACCGCACGUGUCCCUGUCCAUGCCAGCAGUUUACAUGCGGGGAUAGAAGCCUAGUGAAGACAGCGGUAGACCCACAAAGCAGGUAAGUAUGUUUCCCUUGACAAGUCCCGCUGGGUGGGAGGGGGUAUUUAAA